AUGGCGAUGAUGUCUCGACUGAUUCAGAUCAGGCACCUUUCGAUGGAGUUCCCGUUCGUGUAUUCCCAAACCUACGCAGGAAGUAUAUCAAUUCAGAAACUGCUCGAUGAAUCUGAAAAUGCUAGACGGAUUGAAAUAUUCCAUGCAGUUGAGCCUUCCUUACUCUUGCUAAUGAGAGAUAAGUAUGGCUCUCGAGUUAUAGAAAGAUGUGUGGAGUGCAUGAUUGAAGUAGUAAAUGCAAGAGUGGCUGAAGUGAUGAUUCCCCACACCGCAGAAUUGAGCGCACAUGAGCAUGGAUGCCAUGUGGUGCAAAAGGUGAUCGAGGUUGGUGAAUACGACUUUAAGAGGGCGAUCGUCGAUAACUUAGGUGAGGGCGAUGUAGAGGCAUUGCUCGGCAACCCGAGAGGGUGCCAUUUGCUGCAGAAAGUUAUCCAAUACGUUCACGAAGGGGAUGUAGGUGUUGUGGUUCAUGUGUGUAAUACUCAAGCAUCUCAAUUUGUCAUGCAUCCACAUGGAUGCCAUGUGCUAAAGAAAAUUAUGAACAAGACCACAAAUGGUGAAGAUGUGAGUGGAAUCAUAAGGGCUGCCAUUAAUGCUUCCACAAGCCUAGCUGCCUCUAAAAAUUGA